UCCAAAUGAAGACUUUAAAAUCUCACACCGUCGACUUUAUAUCUCAAAAUAAUGAACUCAUAUUUAAAGAUACAAACUCAAUAUAAAGAACAUGGACUUCAUUCCUCCAGAUAAAGAAAGUGUUUAAAAACAAAGGCUUUAGUUUAGAGAAGCUGCCGUGAAGAAAGUGAAACUUAAGGAAAGGAGGAGGCGCAGCAGUACCUAUAAGAGCGCCCCCCCCACCCGCUCCUCGGAAACCAUCUGUCCCGUGAUGGGAGUCCAAGGCCUGACCUCUCUGCUCGAGAACCACCGGAGGAUCUACCGGGAGGUCCGCCUCACUGGCAGACGGCUGCUGAUCGAUGGCAACAACCUCAUCUACCUGCUGUACUUCAACUCAGGUCUGGACCAGAAUCACGGAGGGGAGUAUGCUGCGUUCACAGCCCUUAUUGAGAAGUUUGUCAAAGUGCUCAGAGAUUGUCAGAUCACACCCUACGUGGUGCUGGAUGGAGGAUCUGACAUCUCAGGAAAGAAGAAUGAAACUGUGACGCACAGAGCAGAGGAUUGUAUCAAACGAGCGGAUCGGGCGGCGCAGAGCGGCAGGCACCAGGGCAUCCUGCCAGUGCUGGCGAAGCAGGUGUUCCGACAGACGCUGUGGCGGCUGGACGUCCCGGUGGCUCAGUGCUACGGAGAGGCUGACCCAGAGAUUGCCGCCCUGGCUCGGGAGUGGCAGUGCCCGGUGCUUUCCAGAGACAGCGACUUCUACAUCUACGACCUACCGGCGGGGCUGCUACCCUUACCCCACUUCCAGUGGGAGGCGGUUGUGCGGAGUGGCUCCAAGAGCUACAUCCCCUGCAAGACCUACAGCACCUCCAGCUUCUGCAUCUACUUUAAUAUCCAGCGCCAGCUCCUGCCCGCCUUCGCCGCCCUGGCCGGGAACGACUACGUGAAACUGCACCGGCUGCAGGUGCCCAUCAACUGGGCUCAGUUCGCCCCGGCUGGCAGCGGGAACACAGGCUGCCUGGAGGGGCUGCUGUGCUGGCUGCAUCCCUUCCAGCCUCAGGAGGCCUUUGAGGCGGCGCUGGGGCUGAUGGGAGACCUGAGCGCCAACAAAAAGGCGGCGGUCAUGAAGGGCUUGAAUCUGGGGAUGGAGGAGUACCAACUUCCUCCCAGCAACCUCAAGAAGUUCUUCAUCCAUGGGGUAGCACCGCCAUUCUGCACAGAAGUGGCGGCUCGUGUCCCGGACUGGGCGCGGCGGCCGCUGAUGCAGGCUUGGCUGCCGGCGACCAUGCUGGACCUGCUGCUGCUGCAGAGGAUCGCCCUCAGUUUCACCGUGGAGCCCGCCGCUGCUCCCAGUGCUCAGCUUACCGCCAGGCCGCUGCGGCAGGUGAUGUACGGGCUGCUGCUUGGCGAGGAAGGGAAGGUGAUGGAGCGAGAUAGGGAGGGGCCGCAGCUGAAGUUCAUCCCCGUAAAGAACACCUCCACAGCAAGCUCUCUGCAGCUCACACUGCAAACACUGGAUAAGGCGGAGGCCCCUCUUCGUCUGCAGGUUCUCCUUGAGGCCCUUGGUGUCCCUGAACCCUCCCUGGCCUCCAUCCCUCCCUCCCUACGCCUCCCUGUGUGCGUAACCAGCUUCUGGCUGCAGAGAGCCCAGCCUCCCCCAGACGAGGAGGUGCUGAAUGUUCUGCUGCUCUGGCUGAGCUCCGGAGACGCCUUCAGACACAGGGCAGCUCUGCAGAUGAACCCCCCCCCCCACAAACAGAAGCCGGACAUGCAGGUGUCUCACUCUCUGAACCAGUGGCAGUCCUGCCUGUUGUCGAGCGUGCAGCUCAACCAGCUGCUGGGCCUACCGCUACCUGAGCCCCCCCUCUCCAGGUUGUUUGAGGGGACGUUGGUUCACCAGCUGGUGCACAGGAUGCGGUCCGGGGGAAAGAAAAAGCCUAUACUGAAGUUGGACCCCUGCAGCGUGAAGCUGUACCACACCUUUCAGGCCGUGGUGCACCAGCACCCCCCUCAGCAGACCCACGGGAUGGGGGAGGACACUCUGAGGAGGCAGCCUCUGGACGACCUGACCUCCACCCUGCAGCAGCUCUACUCCCUGCAGGAGGAGGAGGAAGAGGAGGAGGCGAGGAGCUCUGUGUGGGUGCAGGAGGAUCUGAGCCUCAGCGAUCUGCUGUCAGUGAAAACUCGUUUCAGCACGAAACUGAGGAAGAACCGGAGCAAGAACCCGGAGCUGGCCCGCAAAGAGGAGCGCCGCGGCAAGGACCUGCUCUGAGCUCAGGGGAGGAAAACCACUUGGUUUCAUCAGGCUGUCGCUUGCUCAGUCUGAGAGACAAGAGCAGCUCUCUGAAAGAAGAAGCUCUUCCUUUUUUAAAUCUGCACACAUUUUUGCCCUUAUCUUUCUUCGUCUCUUUAUGGUUUUAUAUCUUGAGUUAAGGGUGUGGGGCAUCAGCACUUAUUUCUUCCUGUUUCCCCUUUUUAUUGCAAACACAAAAACAGGGAGUGAUUGACCGUAACUAAAAGCCUGAUGGUUGUGUUCCUGUUGUAUGUUCGGAGUUUCUACUUGCCUGUGUUUAAAUGUGUUGAAUAUGAACAUUAUUUGAAGGACUUUUUAACGUACACCGUUUGGUGGGAAGAUGAUCUAUGAAUACCUUUAUUAUUUUGUUUGUUAAUAAGACACUUUUUUGUACCUGAUUUGGGACCAAACACAUUGACUUAGAGGGGCCAGGAUCUUCUUUGUCUGUGCUGUUCCUCUCCUGGAGUUCUAUAGGUUUUAGUGCAUGUAAACGGUCUGCAAAGGCUACUGCUUUAUAUUCAUCCUUCCAUCGGUCAACAGUUUAGUCACAGACUGUUUUUAACGUAUUUCUUUUUGUUUGUUUUAUUCACAAUUUAAAAUGUUCUAAUAUUUUCGACUCAGAAAUUUUAACUGCAAAGAUACAAUCGUCACAUCAAAAGGAAAAGGUGUGAACAUCUCUAUUUUUCCAAAUGUGUUUGUCUUGUUGCCUUUAAUGAGGUAAUAAAGGAGGAUACAAAUAAGGAAUAUAAAAUACUU